ACGUGCUCACGAAGUGAUUGGUAAACAAAAACCUUGAUGGAAUUUGGGGAAUCAAACGGAAUACACUUGUCACUUUAUCUUAUAGAAAUGGAACGAAUCGGUUUUUCGAGCUAGGUGGCAGGUGGUGUAGACUAUUAGAAUAAAUGCACAAUUUGGACUGCGCGGGCUGCAGGACCGCCGAGGGAAACGGAAAUAUUAUAUUCCUCUUAUUUGUUUAAUUAGAAAUGGACAAUAUGGUAAACACUAUGCAGACGAAGACUGCGGAGCUGGAACGCAUGGCCGAAGUCCUUGUCAUCGGAGAGCAGCUGAGACUCCGUCUACAUGAGGGGAAGGUCAUCAAGGACCGCAGACAUCACCUCCGCACUUAUCCCAACUGCUUCGUGGCCAAGGAACUGAUCGACUGGCUGAUGGAGCACAGGGAGGCCUCAGACAGGGAAACGGCCAUCAGGAUCAUGCAGAAACUUCUAGAUCACAGCAUCAUCCAUCAUGUGUGCGAUGAGCAUAAGGACUUCAAGGACAUGAAACUCUUCUACCGUUUCCGGAAAGACGAUGGAACCUUCCCUCUGGACAAUGAAGCCAAGGUUUUUAUGAGAGGGCAGAGAAUUUUUGAAAAGCUGAUGAACACGGAGAACGCGCUGCUGCAGACGCGGGAGGAGGAGGGCGCGGCCUUCGAGCGAGCUCUGGUGGCCUCCGAGUUUGUGGAUUGGCUCCUGCAGGAGGGAGAGGUGACCUCCAGGGAGGAGGCGGAAGUUCUGGGGCGGAGACUUCUGGAACAUGGCAUCAUUCAGCACGUGACCAAUAAGAAUCAUUUUGCGGACGGGGAGCUGCUGUACCAGUUCAGGAUGAACUUCCGACGGCGGCGGCGGCUGAUGGAGCUGCUGACGGAUCGCUGCCGGACCAUUCCGGAAAACCAGGAGAGCCCCUUCUGUCUGCGCAAGCAGAGCACUGACCGGCGGAACACCAGCUUCCUCUCAGUGAGCCCCAGUAAGGAGAUUAAGGUGGUGUCGGCCGUGCGGCGUAGCAGUAUGAGCGGUAUUUGUAGCAGCAGUGGUUAUUACAGCAGCAGCCCUAUCCUGAGCAGCAGUCCCCCCGUCCUCUGCAAUCCCAAAUCAGUGCUGAGGAGACAGGUGAGCCCGGAGGAGCUGCAAACACCAGGCGGCCCGUACAUAAAGAGGACAUUCACGAUUGUGGGCGAUGCGGUGGGCUGGGGCUUUGUGGUCAGGGGAAGCAAGCCUUGUCACGUCCAGGCUGUGGAUCCCAGCGGCCCUGCGGCUGCUGCUGGAAUGAAGGUUUGCCAGUUUGUGGUCUCCGUCAACGGGUUGAACGUUCUGUCGCUGGACUAUCGGACGGUCAGCAACCUCAUCCUGACUGGCCCACGCACAGUGGUCAUGGAAGUCAUGGAGGAAAUGCUUCAGUGAAGCAGGCGGACCAGCUCCUGAUCCUGACCGCUCCCCCAUGAAUGUGUACUGCAGAUACAGACAGAAAGAUGCAGGUAGAACUGCACUUCUGUGCAUGGACACACUGGCACUGACCUGGAGUCUUCCCUCUGAGCACUGUUCACAGAGAACAGAGUGCUCUCCUGUACAUGAAGCUUGUAUAUGCUCCCCUAAGACUUAAGGCUUAAGACUUCUAAAGAUGUAGAGGAGAACCGGUUUCAGAGGACCGAGUGGCAUUGACAGGGGCGCAGGUCUUGUCGUAACUCUACAAGUGCUGGAAUGUAUGGUUGCAACACUUAUAUGGAGUGAGAAUAUAAUUAUGAGAAGUUCUCACUAUUGUGAUGUCACCUGCCGUACAACAUCGAAAAUGAAAUGCUGUCAAAAUAUUGAUUUACAGGCCUUACGAAAGCAAAAGGGUAGUGCACAAAAAUAAGUUCUGGGACAAUAUUUGACUUAAUAAACACUAGUGCCAGCACUUUAUUUUAUAAAAUAUUAACCAGACUGGACAGAAAUUUGGAGGCAAACACACUGUAAUUCACUGUUUUUGCAACAGCACAGAAAAGUCAAAGGUUAUUACAGUAUUUUCUUCGUCUACUCUACAUAUAGGCCUGGUGGACUGGCUAAAGUAACACACUGAACGAGAUGGUAGUGGUUGGGAUGGAAAGAUGAACACUAGGAAACCUAAAUGAUGCAGGACUUGUUCAUAUUACACGUAAACAUAUCAAUUGCAGGUUGAUUUCAGGUUGUAUGGUGGGGACUGUGUUGGUAAAAAUGAGGUUUUCUGAAAACUGAACUGUUGAUGCGUAAACAACUUAUGCAUAUGUGCAUAACAUAUAGGGGUAUAUGAAUAGGUAUUUUUAAAAUACAGCAAGCACUUAAAAUGAAGAUAUUUUAUUGUUUGUCUGGUUGAAUACAAGUAUCAGAGGGUGGGUAUCAGUAUGACAGUUGCUACUUUCCAACAAUGUGUUAUAAUAUUUGGAAAUGUAUAAAAUUACAGUGCCAUAGUUAGCUAAAAAAAAACAAAAAAACAAUUAAUAUAUAAUAGUAUGUAUUGCUCAAAAAUAUUAUUUUGCACUUAUCUUGCCAAAAGUAAAAUGUCAAAUAAUAUGAAAUAUAUAUACACUAUAUAAAACAAAUGCUAGAUUACGACCAUGGAGUUUCCAAACCUGUUCGGCUUUAUAACGAAGUGUGGGUCUGCCAAAUAGUUAUGCUCCAAUGGAAUGUCACUCAACCAUGGAACUACAAUGAACACAAUGGAGCUCUUGAUUAAAAAUGUAAUAUGUGUAGAUAAUGUGACCAGUGACAAGCCUGAUAACAGUCAAUAUUUUGCUGUUUUGCGAUGUCUAAGAUGUACAGAAUGCAUGAUCAGGAAUGUACACUAACACAUUGUCUUGUAGGUUAACACAAAGAGAGUUUAUUAUGUUCUCAUUCAAUGUAUUAUUGAUUUAACUAUUUUAAGCGGGGACUUAUGCAUGCCUCAACAUCCGAUUUCCUCUUUAUCCUCAGUUGACUUCUGUGUGUUCUGACACCUGAAAAUAACCUUGUUCUUAUUUUAUAUGUCCUUUUUCGCAUUACAGUUUUUAGCUGCUGACUGAGAAGGUGGGUAUGGAAAUUCGGGAUCAGAGUUGAGAUGUUUUUACUGUAUUGAUAACAGUGGCCUCAUAUAGCCAAGUCACUUGGCAAAUGUGUGGGUAAAGCUAUUCUUUGUACAAUUACAAGCUUCAAAUGUUUGCCUUUGCACUGUUGUAUAGAUAACUUGCUGUUAAUUACCUCAAAUCAAUAAUAAUCUAGACCUGAGGCUGUUUUUUCCACUAAUAUUUACUUUUAAAGGUGCUUUUUUUUUCAAGCAGUGUAGCUUGACAAUCGUGUCUUUGUUUUUUAAUAAAGACAGGGACAAACAGGAUAUCUAUGGUAUUUUCAUAAUCAGACCAGCCUCUUCUGUGUUCUGAUGAAAUCAUUCUAAUCAGGAAGGUAUGCUGAAGUGAAGAUCAUUGAAAAGGGACUGUCAUUGUUCAGCUCAUUAAUGCUUGUGAGAUAUAUGUGUUUUCCACUUACUGUAAUAUUGUCAAAGCGGUAAUAUCUAAUGAUUGUCAUGCAGAAAGUUCACUGAAAUGUUUUCUCUAUUAUGGUUUCCCUCAUAUUUGGGCAACUAGUUAAAGGUACCAAAUUUGUAUUUUAUAAAUUAGCCAUUGUGCAAUAAUAUACAGUAUUUUUUUUUCUUUACUAAACCUUGUUUGACUAAAUAAAUGGUUUGGUGUUUGUCUAGAACAUAGUAAUGCCACUGAAAGCAAGUAUUAUGACCAUCUCAUGUGUUGAUAAUACACGGAUUUAAAGAAA